AAUCGUUUACUGGUACUGCAAAAUGACCGACACCGACGACGCGCCAGUAGUUUGCCAUUGCCAAUUUCAAUGAACAAGUCGUUUCACUAAAGCCUUCUUUAACGUUGUCGUUUUCUCGACCCGCUGGAAGCCACAAGGUGACGCCGGAUGCCACAAGACGACUGUAUAAUCCUACGCGAGCCUUCCUGAAAAGCUGAGACAGUAGAUAGAUUGCCAUUGUAAUAGCAUCAUGAUUGCUUGCCAUUGUUCUCUAAUUCGACCCUCGCCUCCUAUUAACGAGAAUUAUUUACUUCGGAGUCCAAACCCUAACAAAUUAAACUUCCCUUUCACUUUCACUUUCACUACACACAGUACAAAGUCGUUUAGACUCAUCACCAGAGUUCUCCAAGAAGGUGUUGAAGUUGUAUCCCCAGAGGAUGUUUCUUUGCCAGGUCCAGUAAUUGACACUAAAGAGGAUAAAGAGGAGGUCCAUGGCCUUGUCAAUGGAGUCGCAGGCACCGUAUCAGAGGGUACCUCAGUCUCUUCAACCAGAGUUAAGAAGAAGAAGAUACAAGAUGAGGAUACCUUUGAGUAUAGAUACAAGAUUCAAAAUGGAAAAGAAGUAUUCGAAGAAAAAGCCUAUCUGGUCGGUGUUGAGCGAAAAGGUGAAGUGGAUUCUUUUGGCAUAGAGGAAUCUCUGAAGGAAGUGGCUCAGCUUGCCGAUACUGCUGGACUGAUGGUUGUUGGCUCCACAUAUCAGAAACUAGCUUCUCCAAACCCAAGGACAUAUAUUGGGUCUGGGAAAGUUGCUGAAAUUAAGAGCGCAAUACAUGCUUUGGAUGUUGAGACUGUAAUAUUUGAUGAUGAACUUUCUCCUGGGCAACUGCGCAACUUGGAAAAGAUUUUUGGCAGAGAUGUUAGAGUUUGUGAUCGCACUGCCCUUAUCUUGGAUAUCUUUAACCAGCGAGCAGCAACACAUGAAGCAUCAUUGCAGGUUGCAUUGGCACAAAUGGAAUACCAGUUACCACGUUUAACUAAGAUGUGGACUCACCUUGAGCGCCAAGCAGGAGGGCAGGUGAAGGGUAUGGGUGAAAAACAAAUUGAAGUAGACAAGCGUAUCUUACGCACUCAAAUUGGCGUACUCAAAAAAGAGCUCGAAACUGUCAGAAAACAUAGAAAGCAAUACAGAAACAGGCGCACUUCAGUACCUGUCCCUGUAGUAUCUCUGGUUGGCUACACAAAUGCAGGAAAGAGCACACUUCUAAAUCAAUUGACUGGAGCUGAUGUUCUUGCUGAAGAUCGUUUAUUUGCAACCCUUGAUCCGACCACCAGAAGGGUUCAGAUGAAGAAUGGGAGUGAGUUUCUUCUCACAGAUACUGUUGGUUUCAUCCAGAAGUUGCCAACUACCCUGGUUGCCGCCUUCAGAGCAACAUUGGAGGAGAUAGCAGAAUCAUCACUUUUGGUUCAUGUGGUAGAUAUCAGCCAUCCACUAGCAGAGCAACAGAUAGAUGCAGUGGACAGAGUUCUGUCAGAACUGGACGUUUCUUCAAUUCCUAAGUUGAUGGUUUGGAACAAGGUUGAUAGGGUUAACGAUCCUUCUAAAAUAAAAUUGGAAGUAGAUAAAAGACAAGAUGUUGUUUGCAUAUCUGCUUUGAAUGGUGAUGGCUUACAAGAAUUCUGCCUUUCAGUUCAGGAAAAACUGAAGGAUUCUAUGGUAUGGGUGGAAGCUUUAGUCCCAUUUGAGAAAGGGGAUCUUAUUAGUACCAUACACCAGGUUGGAAUGGUGGAGAGAAUUGAAUAUAUGGAGAAUGGGACCUUGGUGAAGGCACAUGUUCCUCUUCGUUUUGCAAGGCUGCUCACUCCUAUGAGGCAGCUGUGUAAAGCUUAAUUUCCUUGUAUAUGUGUUUAUAUCAUUCUCGAUCUUUAUGUAUAUCUAACCGACAACAGGCCUUUCUUUACCUAGAUUACGUUUAAUAGAGAGACAAGAGACAGAGACGGAGAGAGAGCAGUGAUCAUUUGAGACAGCUCUCACGUUGAUUUUUCCUCUGCAUAAAGCGUUUGUUCAUAGCAUACAUUCUCCAAAAUGUAACUAAGUUUGGAAAGACUUGCAUUACUUUGAUCUGAUAUAAUUAUUUACUAUUUACCAUUUUCAUAUACAUUA